AUGGCGGCGCUGGCCGCCCGCGGAGUGUUCGAUUUUGCACGCGAGGACGGGGGGCGAGGUCUCGCUGCCAUCGAGCUCGGCGCCGACGAAGAUAUCUUCGUGGGCAGGUAUAGGAUCACCGACGAGACGUGCGCCCCCGACCUCAGCCAACCAUGUCACGCGCAGUAUGUGGACAACUUCAUUGCUAUCUCGUCCGACGCGGACCACGUGAAACAGUCUGUGACUGCUGCCGUCGUUGCUCUGGAGGCCCGAGGUGAGUUUCCUGAAGUUCCAGGGGAGAUGAUCGAGCAGGACUGGGAGGUGGCGGGGAGGUUCGAGUGGCGUAAGAAAGGCGACAAAGCUCCGGGCACCGCGGCCUCGCUCGGCCUGGCGCCGCGGACAGGGCCCCUGCCCAGGACCCCCCAGGCGGAGUUGAGGGGGCCCCGAGCACCAGCUCCGCGCCCUGGCGAAGGGCUGGCAGCGACCUCGAGCCGGCCUGCGUCAACGGGGCACAGUCGCGUGGCCGCGCUGCGCCAGCAGCACCGCGUGCUGCGGCGCCCGGCCGCGUCGCCUGCCCCCCUGGCCUCGAGCGGGCCUCUGCGCCGCAAGGCCUCCCAGCGGGCCGCGCGGGGAGUGGCGCGGCGGGCGGCGGCUGCGCGGGUGCUGGGCAUGACGGUGCUCGAGGCGGCGUGCAUCCAGCCCAGGGCCCGCAACCGCUACCAGGAGAUCUUCCGCGACUUCCUGUCGCGGGCGAACGGGCGGCCCCUGGCGUCAGAGGACCUGGUGGACGAGGCGAUCGCGGAGUGGCUCGACGAGCUGCACCUCGACGGCGAGGAUUUGAGCGCGGGCUCGUGGGCCUACGCGGCGGUGACGUUCUUCGCGGGCCUGAACAAGGCGUCGGGCGCGCUGAUGCCGCGUUGCCGCCGUGCUCUACGAGGCUUCCGCAGGUUGGCGCCACCACGAUCUCGAUUGCCCAUGCCCUACAUGGUGGUGGCGAUGGUGGUGAUGGAGCUCAUCGCCCAGCACCUCGUCGAGAGUGCCCUCGUGGUGCUCCUCAUCUUCGAGCUGCGCCUGCGGCCCGGGGAGGCGUUCCACGCCAGGGCCGCGGACCUCGUGCCUCCAGUCUCGGACGUCAGCGGGGCCUCCCACUGGUGCGCGACGCUCCACGCCGCCGAGACCGAGCAGGAGUCGAAGACGGGCGAGAUCGACGAGAGCCUCUCGCUGGACCUCGGCCGCCAGUCCUGCCUGGGGCCAGCGCUCAACCAAUUUGCGAGCCAGCGCCUCGGGGCCAACUGGCGGGCCGCGCAGCAGAGGUGCGUUGGCGCCAGCCACCGCCUUGCUGCCCCGCUGUUCACCGGGGACUUCAAGACCGUCGUGGAGGCGCUGGGGGUCCACGCGGCCCUGGGCGCCGCCCGCGUGUACAUGCUGCGACGCGGCGGCGCCUCGCACGACUGCGCCUCGGUGUGCCGCCGCCUGGGGGGCGCGCGCCGGCGCGGCCGCCGGCGUUCGUGGUCCUCGGUGAGACGCUACGAGAAGGGCGGCAGGCUCGCGCAGGUCGCCCACAAGCUCGCGCCCGCCCUGCAGGCCCGCGGAAAGCUCUGCGCGGAGCUGCUGAGCGAACGCGUCUUCGUCGAGGUUUUCUCGGGGGGCGGGCACCUCUCGGAAGCGAUCCCGGGCGCAGGGGUGACGGCCUUGCUCUGGGACAUUAGCCUGGGCGAGAACUACGACCUUAGCUACGCGUCGUCUUUCCCGGACUCGUGGCGUUAA